CCGACUUUUUCGACGUCGAGAAAGAAAACGAGACAGACAAACCAACCUUUUGACAGUUUCUCCCCCUUCUUCUAUCCAAGGGCAAGCCAGCGUUGCUGAGAGAACAAAGACCGCAAUCAUGGCUGACACCGAAUAUAACGCUGAGGAGGCUGCCGAGAUCAAGAGAAAGAGAGCCUUCCGCAAGUUUUCUUACCGUGGAAUCGACCUUGACCAGCUCCUUGACCUCAGCUCCGAACAGCUCCGCGAUGUUGUCCACGCCCGUGCCCGCCGCAGAUUCAACCGCGGCCUCAAGCGCAAGCCAAUGGGCCUGAUCAAGAAGCUCCGCAAGGCCAAGCAAGAGGCCAAGCCCAACGAGAAGCCAGAUCUCGUCAAGACACACUUGCGUGACAUGAUUGUCGUACCAGAGAUGAUCGGAAGCGUCAUCGGUAUCUACUCUGGAAAGGAGUUCAACCAGGUUGAGAUCAAGCCCGAGAUGGUUGGUCACUAUUUGGCUGAGUUCUCUAUCUCAUACAAACCCGUCAAGCACGGCCGACCCGGUAUCGGUGCCACCCACUCUUCCCGUUUCAUUCCUCUCAAGUAAACGAAUAAUCUGCACGCAACUUGACGUUUUGUACUGGGGCAUGUCAAAAUGUUUUUUUUAUCUUCUCUUACAUGGGGUAAAACGGAUGGGGUUCUUGCUUUGUAUGGAAGGGCUUUAUAUCCAGAACCCCUCUUCUCCCAAGUCCAUGUAACGGCAUAGAAAAUGGUGGAGCUCUUGGAGAGAACAGCUUUUAUCAUCACCAUGCCAACCCGCGGCUAGAUUUAUGAUUUUAAUGUAUCUAGCAAAAAUUCAUUCCAUACAACCAGUA